UCUUGCUGGUCACCAACACGAAGCAAAAGGACACCAGAAACAUAGUACACUUGAGCUCACUCCAAACUCAAACACUCACACCAAUGGCUCUCCAAGUUCAGGCCGCACUCCUGCCCUCUGCUCUCUCUGUCCCCAAGAAGGGUAACUUGAGCGCGGUGGUGAAGGAGCCGGGGUUCCUUAGCGUGAGCCAGAAGGCCAAGAAGCCGUCGCUGGUGGUGAGGGCGGUGGCGACGCCGGCGGCGCCGGUGGCGAGCCCCGGCGCGGGCACGUCGAAGGCGGACGGGAAGAAGACGCUGCGGCAGGGGGUGGUGGUGAUCACCGGCGCGUCGUCGGGGCUCGGGCUCGCGGCGGCGAAGGCGCUGGCGGAGACGGGGAAGUGGCACGUGGUGAUGGCGUGCCGCGACUUCCUGAAGGCGGCGACGGCGGCGAAGGCGGCGGGGAUGGCGGCGGGGAGCUACACCGUCAUGCACCUGGACCUCGCCUCCCUCGACAGCGUCCGCCAGUUCGUGGACAACUUCCGGCGCUCCGGCAUGCCGCUCGACGCGCUGGUGUGCAACGCCGCCAUCUACCGGCCGACGGCGCGGCAGCCGACGUUCACCGCCGACGGGUACGAGAUGAGCGUCGGGGUGAACCACCUGGGCCACUUCCUCCUCGCCCGCCUCAUGCUCGACGACCUCAAGAAAUCCGACUACCCGUCGCGGCGGCUCAUCAUCCUCGGCUCCAUCACCGGCAACACCAACACCCUCGCCGGCAACGUCCCUCCCAAGGCCGGGCUAGGCGACCUCCGGGGGCUCGCCGGCGGGCUCCGCGGGCAGAACGGGUCGGCGAUGAUCGACGGCGCGGAGAGCUUCGACGGCGCCAAGGCGUACAAGGACAGCAAGAUCUGUAACAUGCUGACGAUGCAGGAGUUCCACCGGAGAUUCCACGAGGAGACCGGGAUCACGUUCGCGUCGCUGUACCCGGGGUGCAUCGCGACGACGGGCUUGUUCCGCGAGCACAUCCCGCUGUUCCGGCUGCUGUUCCCGCCGUUCCAGCGGUUCGUGACGAAGGGGUUCGUGUCGGAGGCGGAGUCCGGGAAGCGGCUGGCGCAGGUGGUGGGCGACCCGAGCCUGACCAAGUCCGGCGUGUACUGGAGCUGGAACAAGGACUCGGCGUCGUUCGAGAACCAGCUCUCGCAGGAGGCCAGCGACCCGGAGAAGGCCAGGAAGCUCUGGGACCUCAGCGAGAAGCUCGUCGGCCUCGUCUGAGUUUAUUAUUUACCCAUUCGUUUCAACUGUUAAUUUCUUCGGGGUUUAGGGGGUUUCAGCUUUCAGUGAGAGAGGCCUGUCAAGUGAUGUACAAUUAGUAAUUUUUUUUUACCCGACAAAUCAUGCAAUAAAACCACAGGCUUACAUUA